AUGGAGCCGGCCGGGCCCUGCGCUUUCUGCCCGGCCGCGGAGGCCCGGCCGGCGCGCUACACCUGCCCCCGCUGUAACGUGCCCUACUGCUCGCUGCGCUGCUACCGGGCGCACGGCCCCUGCGCCGAAGACUUCUACCGGGACCAGGUGCUGGGAGAGCUCCGCGGCCGCAGCGCCUCGCCCAGCCGCCUCGCCAGCGCCCUCCGCCGGCUGCGUCAGCAACGCGAGACCGAGGACGAGCCGCAGGACGCAGGCCUCAGGCCCGGCCCGGCGCCCGGCGGCCUCGCAGGCCUCUGGGAGCGGCUGGCCCCGGCCGAGAAGGCGGCCUUCGAGCAGCUGCUGAGCCGUGGCGAGGCCGGGCGGCUGCUGCCCCCCUGGCGGCCGUGGUGGUGGGGCGGCGGGGCCGGGCCACGACUUCUGGAGGAGCUGGACGAUGCCCCGGGCGGUGAGACCGCGGAGCCGGAGCCGGAGCCCGACCCCGACCCUGCGAAGGCGCCGCCGGAACCCGGGAAGGAAGCCGCUGCCCCGGAGCCCCCGGCCGCCGAGGAGGCGGUUCCUGGAGACGCCCCGGGGGCCUGCGCGCCCGCGGUGCCCGCCCGGAUCCCCGCGCUGGGCAGCCUGAGCCGCGGCAGGGUCUCGCCGCUCGUGCGCUUCCAGCUGCCCAACGUGCUGUUCGCCUACGCGCACACGCUGGCCCUGUACCACGGCGGCGACGACGCGCUGCUCCCCGACUUCUGUGCCACGCUGCUCGGCGUUUCGGGGGCCUUGGGCGCCCAGCAAGUCUUCGCCUCCGCCGAGGAGGCCCUGCUGGCCGCCGCUCACGUGCUGGAAGCGGGCGAGCACCCGCCCGGGCCCCUGGGCACGCGGGGUGCCAUGCGCGAGGCCGCCCGCAUCCUGCUGGGCGAGGGCCCUGCCCACCAGAAGGGCUACACGCUGGCGGCGCUGGGGCACCUGGUGCAGACCCUGGGCCGGGCCCGGAGACGGGCCGAGGCUGCCGGAGUGCGGGACCGCCUCUACCGGGCCCGAAAGAAGUGCCAAUUCCUGAUGGCCUGGGCCAACGAACAUGAGGGGGCCCUCCCGGCGCUGGCUCUGGACUGUGCCAGGGCCCACCGAGCGCACACGGUGGCGGCGGGAGAGGUGGCGGCCCUCACUGGGGAGCUGGAGCGGCUCUGGGGUGGCCCCCUACCACCUGCCCCCCGGACUCUCAUCGAGGAGCUCCCCGGCUGA